AUGAGGAAGUUAUUGGUAAAGAAAGUGUGCGGACUGGAUAAUGCUGGCAAGACUACAAUAGUCAAAAGAAUCAUGGGGGAAGAUGUCAAUACUGUGAGCCCAACAUUGGGUUUCAUCAUCAAGACUAUUGAACAUGCUGGUUACAAGCUGAACAUUUGUAUUACCUCUUUACCUCGCAGGGAUGUCGGUGGACAAAAGACUCUCCGAUCAUACUGGAGAAACUAUUUCGAGAAGACCGAUGCCUUAAUAUGGGUGGUUGAUGCCACCGACCGUUUACGUAUCGAAGAUUGUAAGGAAGAGCUGCAUGCUUUGCUUCAGGAAGAGAGACUUUCUGGUGCGAGUCUCCUUGUUUUCGCGAACAAGACUGAUGUUAAUGGCUGUAUGACGAAGACAGAGAUUAAAGAUGUGAAUGUUGGUGCUAGAUGA